UCCUACAAUCCUCAAUAACCCUCCUAAUGCUGCGGUCUUGUGUUUACCCUGACACCUCUCUGACCUCAUACGGCCUGAUUCUGAGUCUGGAUGACCUGCAGACUUCAGAGUGAUUGGAUCUGUUGCAGAAAAGACUGGUUGGAGAAUUAUGGUGUCGGAUCAUGAGCAUCUAUAGCUUCUUUGCAGCACUGCCAGCAGGUGACAUCACAGCUGAUCAACCAAUCACAAAGCUCCUGUAGGCCCUCCCGGCUCAGCACAUGUGCCACCUGUCGCAGUAAACCUGCGACAUGUCUCAAAGCUGCAGCUGAGCUUCUUUUUCCUCUCUGUUCUUCUUCCUCUGCUCACUCUGGGAUCAUUUCAGUUUUCAUUUGUCAGAUUGCAGAGACACUCGGACAUCUUGAAUCCACUUUUGGGGAAAUUAAGAGACGGGAUGUGACUUUACGCUGAGGCUCAUCCAAAGACACUUCACCUCAGCUUCUUAAGACCUGAGACAGAAGGGAAGGUGGUGACUGUCUUUAGUGUUUCUUCAGAGCCAGGGACCGGAUCAGCGAAACAGACACGCCGACAUGCCGACCGUCAAGAGCAAGAAGAAGAAGCCGAAGAAGGAGGUCAGCGUAGGAGAGGAGCAGGGAGAAGUAGCUCUGGACAUGGAAAUGGAGGAGCUGACCAAUAAGAGCCAGUCAGACAGCAGGGAACCUUUGACCCCAGAGCCACAGGAUCCAGCACCACAGAAGAAGAAGAAGAAGAAGAGAGCACCAACCAUCGAUCAAGAAGUCGAUCAUGCCGACACACCAAAUGGGAACACGACAGAGCCAGCCGUCGACGAGGAGACGACUGUCGCUGUGACCAGAAAGACCAAAAAGAAGAGGAAGGUGAAGGCAGCAGAGCAUUACAGCAACGAUCUUGGCGCUGAAGACGACGACAUCAUCACAGACGCACCGUCCCCAAUCCCCCAGCAUUCUCUGUUCUCCGCUCCGCACGGGCAGAGCCAGCCAGUCGGGAAAGUCUUUGUGGAGAGGAACAGGCGAUUCCAGGCAGAGCGUGUGGAUCAGUUCCGACACUCCGAGAUGAUGGAUGACUACCUGGACCCCAGACCGCUCUGGACCACCAGAGACGUUGCCUUGAAAGUCCACAGCAGCUUCAGGGUGGUCGGUCUGUUCUCUCACGGUUUCUUGGCGGGUUAUGCCGUUUGGAACAUCAUCGUCGUGUACGUGUUGGCGGGCGAGCAGAUGACCACACUGCCCAACCUGCUGAACCAGUACCACCCGCUGGCCUAUCCCGCCCAGUCCCUGCUCUACCUGCUGCUCGCAAUCAGCACCGUGUCCGCCUUCGACAGAGUGAACCUGGCCAAAGCCUCCAUGGCUCUGAGAGGCUUCCUCACCCUCGACCCUGCUGCUCUGGCUUCUUUCUUAUAUUUCAUCGCCCUGAUCCUGUCCCUCAGUCAGCAAAUGACAAGCGACCGCAUCAACCUCUACCCGACAGCCAACGAGACUCUGUGGCCUCCAGGCUCGGAGCAGCAGAUCCUGCGGCCAUGGAUUGUGGUGAACCUGGUAGUGGCGCUGCUUGUGGGCAUGGCGUGGGCUGUUGUCUCUACACGGCCGGACAUCGACUACACAGAAGAGUUCCUGAUGAGUAUGGAGGUGGAGUCUUACCCAAGAGGAGACGAGACUGUGGACAACCCCGCCUGAACUCUGAAAACUCUCCCAUCCGUCUGUCUAAUGUUUGUUUUUAUAUUUCAUAUAGCACAUUUGUUUUCCUGAGUGUGUGAUUUUUUAAAUAAAGAAAUACAGCAUG